AUGUACGCAGUAAACGAUGCAGAAGACAGUGACUCGCUCUUUGAUGAGCCUCAGAUUGCCAUGCGCACUGCGCCGCCGAUACCUGGGCUUUUCGUUCCACCCAUCAGAUUACCUCUCGAACUGGCAAACGACAUCGUUCAGCAGUGCAUGAACCUUUACUUCGAUGGGCGAGACGUAAAUCAGAUCAUGCUCUUUGGACGCACAGCAUCCGAGCACAGCCAGAAUAUGGGAAGCGGCUUACCAACAUUUUUGAUCACACUCCUGCACUGGCUUGCCGAAAUGUUACGUGGUCAUCUACCCGAGAAAGUGCAUGAAAUGUUAUUUCCGCCCAAGGAUGCGCCACAGCGCGCACGACAGGCGAUCCUGAACCUGUAUCAUCCUGGAGAAGGCAUCUCACCCCAUGUCGAUCUACUGAGACGGUUCGAUGAUGGAAUCAUAGGAGUAAGCUUUGGAAAGGCCGGGCCGCUGGAUAGAAAUCAUUGGGACCUCUAUCUGGAAGAACGCAGUGUUUUGGUCCUAUCGGAGGAUGCGCGCUACAACUGGACUCACGGGAUUGAUGGAAAACAUAAGGAUUUUGUCAGUGGAGGAAUAGAUGGACAAGGAGAACCUGACUGGAUUGAUAGGGGAACGAGAUUGAGCAUCACAUUCAGGUGGUUGCUGCCAGGCGCAGACAUCGUCGGAGGGCCUGAUCCGUGA